GUUCUCCCUUGAAUGUAUACCACUCCGUUCUAAACCCCAAUGACCUUGACACCCUCCACUGACGUCCGUUCUCUCCCUUCAUCCUUGUCGCCAUGAUUGUCCGUCCUACACCUGGCAAAAUCCAGACUGAACGCAUGCAAUCUCAGUCUCCCCCUACGCGCCGUCGCGCGAACAGCACCAGCGCGACGCUCGCCCCUAAACAAGCCCAGACGACCAGUCCACCCCUCCUCCCUCAGUCGCCGCUUCUGCAGCGCUUUGCUGCCCAGCAAUCAAAGCCUAGCAAUCGCGUCCCUACGACACCCACCAAUGCUGACGGGCCCAGCGACACCCUCACCCGCUCAGGCUCAGGCUCUGGUUCUGGCAAGCGCAAGCUCUUUCGCCUCAAACGUCCCAGCAGCUCGAGUUCCUCCGAGCCACGCUCCGCCACGCGCGGCCGUUCGUACCAGAUGUUGGGCCACCACUAUGGCCUAACACUCGGCGCUAUGAGCAUGAGCGUCCUCGACCCCCCCGCCCCGCCCCCGCCUCGGCCUCCUCGAAACCCCGCGCGGAGCAACCCCGCGCCACGGCCCUCGUCCUCAGGCGGGCCCGCGCACAAGGCUCCACGGCUGCACGCGGCCGUGGAUGAGCGGAAGCCGAAAGUAUUUGGAGACAGUGCUGCGGACUGGGAGUUUCCGCUACCGCGGGGAUCCGAGUUCCCAUUGCAGCGGAAGAAGAGCAAAAGCCGCAAGUUCGAUCCUUCGCGGAUCACACAGGACGAGAGCGCGAAGAGCGAUGUGCAGUUCUCGACCGUGGACCGCACGAUUCUUGAGGAGCUGCGCCAGAAGAUCCGGGCCAGAGAAGAGCAGUUCGUUACCCGGAGCGGAAGAAAGUACCACGCGUUCUCUCCGGCAGACGUGCCGUACCCGCGGAGCUACGACAGGCAGAUGGUCGACUUGGAUGUGUGGGAUGACUUGUGGCAGCUGCAGCUGGGAGGCAGCAUCACGAUGCAUGUCUUUCAUACGCCUCCGGCAAGAGUGCUCGAUCUAGGAUGUGGAACCGGGACGUGGAUUCUGAACGCGGCUAGGGAAUGGAAGGACUCUUACUUCGUCGGUCUGGACGUGGUGCCUUUACAUCCGGACUUACUACAAGUGGGUUGCUUUGACCUGGCGGCACGGAUUACGUGGGUACAAGGGAAUUUCCUGGAGAGCCUCCCAUUUCCGAAUGAGGAAUUUGACUACGUUCGGCUUACUCGCGUCGGUCGCGGCGUGCCCGAGGACAAGUGGGACGCCUUGUUUGAGGAAAUCACACGUGUCAUGAAGCCUGGUGGCGCUUUCGAAAUGUGGGAGGAAGACCUGCACUUUCCGGGCCACCGGGGUGGUGAGAGCGUCCACAUAGUCGAGUCUCCAGGACCGAUGCAUCCUCCGACCCCGCCCCACACGGACUCGUCGCACUCGUCUGAGCAGGAGAGGUUGCAUCAUCCCACGUCGUUUGCAUUACGAUCGCAGCGUUCAUCGUUAGCCUUUAGCUAUUCGUUCGACGACGUCACACGAGUCAACCGUCCCAUGUUCGAGGACACCCAACGUCCAAUCCAUGCUUCACAAUCUCCUACUAAUGGUGCCCAGACCUCCAUGCUUUUCCGCAGUCUCGACCGGCCUCCGAUGAACCCCCAUGACCACUCGUUGCUAGAGAUCAUUUACAACGAGAUGCACGCCGCACGAUUCAUCAAUUUAGAACCAGUAUCGAUGAUCGCGAAUCUUCUCCCGCUGCACUUCAGAGAUGUUCGAGCGCCGCCUCCCAUCAUCGUCACGUUCCCACCUCUGCCCGUGCCUCCCGUCUUCGACGACCGAUCCGACGGUUCCCCGGUCACGACACGCCGAAACGUGUUCGACGAUCCGUUCGUCGAGGAACCACUUCAGGUGGAGAGUCCUACCGAGUUCGGAACCUUCAGGUUCUCCCAGUCCCCCGUGUUGCAUGCCCGCGACAUGGUUGAUGGGACCCCUUACGUCGGGAUUGACACAGCAAGAUACUCCGGCGUCUCUCCGUCCGCUUUUCGACGUAAAACUCUUCCGUCGACCACCGAGCAGGCAGCGCAUUUUAAGCAGCGGCCUGACAGCCUUCCUAUGUCCUCCGACACCCCUAUCUCAUUAGCCAAGCUGCAAGGCCAUAUCGCAGCCGGACGGAACCCGCUCCCGAACAAAACGAUCAACUUCGACCCGCGGACGCUUAACCUUCUCCUCACGCUCCGGGUGAACGAGGUGCUGGGCUGCGCAGAGCCUAUGUGGGAUUGGGUGGUAGAUUUCCAGGAGAACGUCGCGCGUGGUGGGGAGAAGGCGGGUUCCUCAAGCGUGUCAGAACACAUUGCGCUGCGGCCGCGCCGUCGUCGCCGGCAUCCCCAGGAGGAUGCGCUAAUGAGUCUGACGCGAUUGGACUUCGAUGCCUUACUGAGACGCUUCGAGCUGGACAUGAAGGCGCGCAUGUAUCUCGCUCCAGCCCUCGAAGACCGCCUGGGCUGGCCAGCCUAUCCUGUCACUCCUACCGAAGAACUCGAGACCUUCGAGGCGAUGUGCGCGGCCUGGGCCGGGUACGAGCACCGUCAAGCCGGCGCGACCAUUCGAGGAAGCGCAUUCUUCAGGUCCAAACGCAGCCCAUCGCCCCCUCCUUUCCCUACGCCCCGCCACAGCACGACGUCUGAUGAGGGCGAAGCGACAGUCCGAGGGCGUAGGGGCCUCCCCACAGCUCAUUAUGCGUCUCAUGCACAAGGCCAGACACAUAUUCCAGCAGACCCAAUCCGGCCGGCCUUCGACGGGCUGUCGCGACGGCAGAGCGCGCCCGAGAAGCCUGUGAGCCAUCUGAGUCGGCCGAGCACGGACACGUCGUCGUCGUCCCUCCUCUCCGAGCCAGAGCAGGAGCACCCACCCAGCAGCCGGACCGGACGCAUCUUCGUCGCCUGGAAGGCGGCGUCGUGAUGUCCGCGGGCGAACGGGAGGGAAUCCGCGCCGCGCGGUGUCCCCUUUCGUUCGACUUCCGCGCCGGGGAUGCGGCCUGGUCUCUCUGGUGCUGGGGCGCACCAUGUAUGGGGCCGCUGAUCACUGCUGCGGUGCCGCAGAUUGCGUCCGUGUCGCGCGAGCUGUUCCCAAUCCUGGAGCUUCCGUUCCCGCCCGCCUCUCCGCGGAGGAGAGGCGCCCCUGCUUUCUUCUCUUGGAGUCAUCGUCGGAGUGCGAAGGCAAGGCCAAGGAAAUCCACACGCUAUAUCCGGACGCUGCGAUGCGUGCCCCUCCUCACCCGAGCGCCGCCGCCCUGCCCUUGCUUGGCGCUCGACCACGAUACCCCCUAUCCUGACAUGCGCACGGGUUUUCAAGAUAGGGAAUGCGCGAAGGACAUACAGAAGAAACGCGAACGUCAAAAGCCUUCACAGGGUAGCACCACGACUACAGUCGAGCCGCUUGAACUCGUACCCAGAAGGUUUCUAUCCAUGACUCAGAUCGUUCACAUCCCGCUCGUCCGUCCGCUUCGCUCAGAUGGGGGCCGCAUCUGGGUUCAACCCCCAGACGUCCUGCUGCACGAGCGCACCCCAAUUCGGACCCAGGACCCAGAUCCCUUGCAGGCUGUUCGCAAAGGCUCUGUCUGUCUGGGUGCGUGCCUCCCGUCGCCGCGGCUUCUCUGCUUCCCUUCGUGCUGCUCAUGCUCUCAUUCGCGGCUUCGGAACUUCGACGAUAAGAUGCGCGCGAUGGGAGGACAGGGGACGUUGGCGCGCUUCUCGGGUUUUCUCAUGGCUGCCGCUACGUCCCACUUUGUCUCCGCCGGAUUCCCUCUGCGCUACCACACCUCAUAUCUGCCGCCUUGCACAUGAUCACGCCGCUGAGACCAGACCUCGUUGGUUCACGCCUCUGCUUCACGAAUCUCUUCCCACUAUCUGCUGUCAUUAUUAUGAAUUAUUUAUUGUACUUGUCCGUCUGUGCUGUUCGCCCAGUACGUCUGUAGCGCCAGCCGCUGAUGUCUCUCUAGCCAAUCGUCCGUUCACGUUCGUUGUCGCCGUAACGUGAUCUAUCCCACAUCUAUCCCACAUCCCCCACCGGUCCACUAUCUAUACUUCAUCCACCAAUGUUCGCAGUCUCCGAUUUGUACGCCCAGCAGUCUCUACCCUGUCUAUCUGUACGGUGCAAUUCCAUCACGAUUUCAUGCUCUCGUGCCCCCUCGUACAUUUCACCUGCAAGCGACCGACGGACGGCUCUUAUAUGCCUACGUAUCAUGUUCUACGACCACCGCCCGCCGAUCGCCCCGCGUCACCGUCAGCAGAGGGACGCCCAGCACAGUCCCCUUCCGGGAUGGCAUCUCGGGCACGCCCUCCCGUCGAGGACGGCUAGAAGCCCGCACCGGGCGCUUCUCCGCAUCGAGUGUUCUCAGCCUGCCCUUCCUGGCCUGCGCUCCCAACCUGCGGCCUCGCUACGUCGUCUGCCAGAUAUGGCGUCGAGCGACCCAUAUAUGGGCAGGAAGGUUCGUCGCAGUGGUUUGUCCCCCGCUUGUGUGGCGCCGCUGUCCACCGUGGCCGCAAAAUGUCGGAGAAAGUGAGCCUAUGGUAUGCACGUCCGCGAGGCUAUACGUGGGUGGGUGCUCUCGAAGGGGGCACCUGGGCGGUCGGCGAUGACGACGCGCGAUGUGAUGAGACGUAAAGGAAAGCGCGAUCGUCGCGUUCUCGGUUCACAUAGACCGGCCGACCGCUGUGCUCGGUAUGCUAUCUAGGUCGGGUGUAGUUAUGGACCGGCAUUCUGGCGCUCUGCUGCGAGGAUCGAGGCAUGCCGGGUACGAUUCUGAAGGGGGUAUCGAGGACCGGGGGUGGCGUCUGCCUCCGUGAUAGCGUUUGCCGAGCAUCCGUGAUUCGAAGCAUUGCUCCAUAGCUGUCGUCAGUGCUGACCGAUUGCGGCGGACGCGUUUGGGGGCAGGGUGAGGUGAGGCGAGCCUGACAAACCACCCAUCCCGAAUUAAUGUUGUCAGACGUAGGGAAGCGCCCCCAUACUGCCCUCAAACUCGUAAGACCGCCUAGAUCUUGCGAAUCGUGUGAUGAUACGGAAGAUGUGCGGGCAGAUCGUGUCGCAGUUGCACGCAUCGUCGUCGCAGACGUAUUGUGCCCAGACGGUCCAGGCCGCUCGAUGUGGCCGCGGGUGGUUACUCUCGAGUUUCGUGCACACAGUGGGCGCGAUCGUGCGUAGAUCAUCGAUACCACGAGACGUAGGAAGGUGUGCCGGACGUAUCCUUAUCGUUGCCGCAACGCGCCUGACCCGCCCACGCGCGCUCUAAGUCCGCUGGGCAAUAGAGAGAUUUAUACACGGUCAAGGCAAACACAUGCAGCAGCAGAAAGCGAAGAGAAGACUCACGCACGAGGUGAUCGCUGCAAGGGAGACUUGGUCAGCGCUGGCCACACCAAACACUCGGGUCACGGCCAGACUAGCACUAGGGCCGCACACGGGCUCAUUUCACCCCGGGUGCACUUCGAAGCCCUUCGAUUGACACCUCCCAGAUGCCAUGCUCUUCCCAUGGAAAGGCACAACAGCGGGCGCGGUCGCAACCUCCUUGCGUCCGUGAACGGGCGUAGAAUGCAAACCCUGCGUUAUUCGAAAUCAUAUAACGAGUGUAAAUCACGUCAUGAAAUCACCAUGAUCAUUCUCGCCCGCACGUCCGGAAGUAUACUAUCUCAGCCUGGACAAACAUGCCACUUAUUCGGGAGCUAUUUCGAAUGAGAACACGAGAAGGUGAGCGACCUUAAACUAUGCGCUGCCUGCUUUGGCAGCCACUCGACGGCGAAGAGGACGAGGCGAGCCGCCGGCUGCCGCGGCAAGUACUACCUAAUCAGGCACUGAGCGUGAGUUGUGCGCAAUGAUGACGAGGCGGCAGCCGACGCGGGUGAUACAUUACAGGCAGUCGCCAGGACGACGGCGACCGCGCCGCGUGGCCCGCUUGACCCCCUUCCAAGUUCCUCACGCUCUCCGGCCGCGCGGGGGUGCGAUUUGCGCGGACGCGAGCGGGUACACCGAAUACGCGUGAUGCAUGCACAAUAUUAGGCCACCUGCCAUAAUCGUCCCUCGGGAAGAUCGAUUGGCGGGCGGCUGUUUGGCAUGGCAGCAGCAGCAGCAGCACAAUGGGAUUCGGGUCCUUGGCCACGGGUAUUCGUUCGGCGGCGUGGGCAGCCGUCGUCCCAAGGCGGAAGCGCGGGCCCACUGCCCUCCCACCGCUGCUACUUACUGCUCCCGCUUGGACAUGAAUUACGCCCGGUGCCCCUGGGGCCCGGCGGAGGGGAGACUCUGUUAUUAGUGCGCGUGUGGCAGCCCUCAGUCGCGAUCGAACGAACGGACGGCGACGCGCAAGAGCAGAUGUGGGAGCGUUGUUCAGAGCAUGGAUAGAACGACGGACAGGGUCCAUGCUUCUGACCCACCGCGUGUGUAGCAAGGAGACUGUCGGGACGACGUACCGCCAAGAAAGGAGAUCGCAGAAGACGAAGGCCCCGAUAGUUCAAGGAGCCUGCGCGUACUGACUCGGGUGCGGGGAACUGCUGCAGCACAGCUGCAGCCGACACGGAUGCCGCUCGAGGCUAAGAGAGAAUACCGGUCAGCGCACGGAGUUCUGCCGUCCGUCCGUCCGUCCGCUUAGUCGGAACGCGCGACGCGAUCUACGGCAGCCCUGCAUGCCACGCUCCAGCAGGCCGAGCGGGGAAAGAGGGGAAACGAAGACAGGCGACCGCACGCCGCGCGGCGAUGCCUGGGAGUGCCUUUUGCCUGUGUAAGCAACCAGGAUCCCGGCGGCAAACGGACCUAUGACGCAAUGGCUCACUGAACCGUCCUCGCCGAUGCUGCACCGUCCGGAUUCUCCAGCGAAGUUGUGCCUGCGGUAGCCUGCGUGCGGUGAGUCAAGCGAGAUAUAACGAAGUGCGAAGCGCGGUCACCAGUUCACUGCGGCGAAUGGGGAGCCAACCGGAAGAGGCGUUGACGCGGCAUAUCUCGUAAGAGAACAGCGCAGAGGAGCUGCAAGCCACGGAUAUAAUGUCGGAGAAGUGUGGGUGGACGAGAGGCGCAGCGACGUAGCGACUGCGCUACGGUGAGCGAAUGCGUUUAUAUGAAGUCGAGUGAAGGGGGCAAGGACGGGCUCUGAGAAAGCCACACGUGGUUAGUCGUGGAUCGUUCUGGCUCACGCUGAGUGGGUCGCCGUAUGCGGACAAUUGUCAGUAGUACGGCGGAUGGGCACCC